AUGAACCGUGGGGCUGCGGGACUGCAGCGCGGGGUGAGGCUGGCAGCGAUGGACUGGGCGGGUGAGUCCGGGCACCCCGCAGAGGCUGCAGGAAGACCACGCACAGCACAGCAGGCUGUGGAAAACUUGUGUGGAAAACUUUUUGCAUGUAGCGUGUUCUUUCGUGGCCCAUGGCACAGGCCAGAAAACAGGGUGGAAGAGCUCAAGUCCUCAUGCUCCACUCUGUUUCGCUGUGUUUCCUUUUGCAGUAUAUAUAGUAGUGAUGAUGAUGAAGAAGAUGUUGAGGUGUACGAUCACGAUUAUGAUGGUCUGCUUCCUAAGACUGGAAAACGUCACUUAGGAAAAACCAGGUGGACCCGCGAAGAGGAUGAGAAGUUGAAGAAGCUUGUGGAGCAGAAUGGCACAGAAGACUGGAAAGUCAUUGCCAAUUUCCUUCCUAAUCGGACAGAUGUUCAGUGCCAGCACCGAUGGCAGAAGGUACUAAACCCAGAACUUAUUAAAGGUCCGUGGACUAAAGAGGAGGAUCAAAGGGUAAUAGAGCUCGUUCAGAAAUACGGUCCAAAGCGCUGGUCUGUCAUUGCUAAGCAUUUGAAGGGAAGGAUUGGAAAACAGUGCAGGGAGAGGUGGCACAACCAUUUGAAUCCAGAAGUGAAGAAAACCUCCUGGACAGAAGAGGAAGAUAGAAUUAUUUACCAGGCACACAAGAGGCUGGGAAACAGAUGGGCAGAGAUUGCAAAGUUGCUGCCUGGACGAACUGAUAAUGCUAUCAAGAACCACUGGAACUCCACCAUGCGCCGAAAGGUUGAGCAGGAGGGCUACCUGCAGGAGUCCUCCAAAGCCUGCCACUCCUCAGCAGCUGCUGGCUUUCAGAAGAACAACCACUUGAUGGCCUUUGCUCACAACCCAUCGCCACCCGCCCAGCUGCCGGUGGCCAGCCAGCCCCCGCUGAGCAGUGACUACCCCUACUACCACAUCCCUGAGCCACAGAACGUUCCUGGUCAGAUCCCGUAUCCAGUAGCACUGCAUGUAAAUAUUGUCAAUGUACCUCAGCCAGCUGCUGCAGCUAUCCAGAGACACUAUAAUGAUGAAGACCCUGAGAAAGAAAAGCGAAUAAAGGAAUUAGAGUUGCUACUAAUGUCGACUGAGAAUGAACUGAAAGGGCAGCAGGCAUUACCAACACAGAACCACACAUCAAACUACCCCGGCUGGCACAGCACCACAAUUGCUGACAGUACCAGGACCAGUGGUGACAGUGCACCUGUUUCCUGUUUGGGGGAACAUCACCACUGUACUCCAUCUCCACCGGUGGAUCACGGUUGCUUACCUGAGGAAAGUGCAUCCCCUGCACGGUGCAUGAUUGUUCACCAGAGCAACAUCCUGGAUAAUGUUAAGAAUCUCUUAGAAUUUGCUGAAACACUCCAGUUAAUAGACUCCUUCUUAAACACCUCAUCCAAUCAUGAAAACUUGAACCUGGACAACCCUGCCCUCACCUCCACGCCGGUCUGUGGCCAUAAGAUGGCAGUGACCGCCCCGCUGCACAGGGAACAGACUUUCAAAGCUCAGAAGGAAAACCACGUUUUCAGGACUCCAGCAAUCAAGAGGUCGAUAUUAGAGAGCUCUCCAAGAACACCCACUCCAUUCAAAAACGCACUUGCAGCUCAGGAAAUCAAAUACGGUCCUUUGAAGAUGCUGCCUCAAACUCCAACUCAUCUUGUAGAAGAUCUGCAGGAUGUUAUCAAGCAGGAGUCGGAGGAAUCUGCAAUAGUGGCUGGGCUACAUGAAAGUGGACCCCCUUUGCUGAAGAAAAUCAAACAAGAGGUGGAGUCCCCAACAGAUAAAGCUGGAAAUUUUUUUUGCUCAAGCCACUGGGAAGGAGAAAACCUGAACACUCAGCUCUUUACACCUGGGUCUACAAUGGAAGAUGUGCCAAAUCUUCUUACCAGUUCCAUUUUAAAGAUGCCUGUGUCUGAAGAUGAUGAUAGUUUUCACGAAACAGUUGCAGUACCUAGAAACAGGCCACUAGCUAGUCCUCUACAGCAUCUGAACAACGCCUGGGAGUCAGCGUCCUGUGGGAAGAUCGAGGAUCAGAUGGCUCUGACAGAUCAGGCACGCAAAUACAUGGCCACCUUCCCCACCCGGACUCUGGUGAUGUGAAAGGGUCGACACACAGAGAAGCAUUAUGGUUUUGAGAACACUUCACCUCCACUGGGAAAUUCCUGUUCCUCUACAUGAGAACUUUUCAUGAAUGGGAGAAGAGCCUAUCUUUGUUGUGGUACAACAGUUGGGAGCAGCACAAAGUGCAUUUAGUCACUCAGCAUAUAUAUUCUUGUUGGAUUUCACCCAACUUAAGAGUUGUGUUUUUUUAAGGAUACUUGCCUAAAUUAUUAGGUAUUGAGUUUGAAUCAGUAAUUAAUGAUCUUAAGUGCAGUCUUAUAAUAAAGAUAAUUUUUCUUGUACUUUUUGAGAUCAAGCAGACUUAAUACACCAGUAUUGUUAUUUCAGUGAUGUGCUAGCCAGGGGUGGGGUUUAGUUUGUUUCUUUUUUUUUUUAUUAUUUUUUUAAUUUUGUUUUUUAAUAAUAAAAGAGCAGGUACUCAAACAGAUGUAUUUUAAAUCACUGAACAAAAUGAAUUGGUGUAGAAUACCGAAGUGAAAAGCAUUACUACAAACGCUUGUCUGUGCAAAAGGGGAAAGCUGAUCAAGAUCGUGAAUGCUCAAACAUCCAUGCCUCUUGAAAAAACUCCUUUCUGUUUUGGUUCUAGGCCAUUAUACAUUGUGUGUUUCUGUUGGGGGGGGUGGGUAAUUAGCUUGCUUUAAAAAAUAUUACUGUAUGAAACAUAGAUUUAUCAGAAAAAUUAUAUUUUUAUUCAGUAAUUUAAUUUUGUAAAUGCCAAAUGAAUACUGUGUUUUGCUGCUACAGACCUUAGCGUGUAGACUUGCUGCUAGUGUAAAAGGAGCAGUAGAGC